GCCCUCCCGAGCGCGGCCAUUCGUGCCCCGCUCCCAGACCUCUACCCAUUUGGGACCAUGCGCGGAGGCGGCUUUGGGGACCGGGACCGGGAUCGUGACCGUGGAGGAUUUGGAGCAAGAGGUGGUGGCGGCCUUCCCCCAAAGAAAUUUGGUAAUCCUGGGGAGCGUUUACGUAAAAAAAAGUGGGAUUUGAGUGAGCUCCCCAAGUUUGAGAAGAACUUUUAUGUGGAACAUCCAGAAGUGGCAAGGCUGACUCCAUAUGAGGUUGAUGAACUACGCCGUAAGAAGGAGAUUACAGUGAGAGGAGGAGAUGUUUGUCCUAAACCUGUUUUUGCCUUCCAUCAUGCUAACUUCCCACAGUAUGUAAUGGAUGUAUUGAUGGAUCAGCAUUUCACAGAACCAACUCCGAUUCAGUGCCAGGGAUUUCCAUUGGCUCUUAGUGGCCGGGAUAUGGUGGGCAUUGCUCAGACUGGCUCUGGGAAGACAUUAGCGUAUUUGCUGCCUGCAAUUGUUCAUAUUAACCAUCAGCCAUACUUGGAAAGGGGAGAUGGUCCAAUCUGUCUAGUUCUGGCUCCUACAAGAGAGCUUGCCCAGCAGGUACAGCAGGUGGCUGAUGACUAUGGCAAAUGUUCAAAAUUGAAGAGUACUUGCAUUUAUGGAGGUGCUCCUAAAGGUCCCCAGAUUCGAGACUUGGAACGAGGUGUUGAGAUCUGUAUAGCUACUCCUGGGCGCCUGAUAGAUUUCCUGGAGUCAGGAAAGACAAAUCUUCGCCGAUGUACUUACCUUGUACUGGAUGAGGCUGACAGAAUGCUUGAUAUGGGUUUUGAACCCCAGAUCCGUAAAAUUGUUGACCAAAUCAGGCCUGAUAGGCAGACAUUGAUGUGGAGUGCAACCUGGCCAAAGGAAGUGCGACAGCUUGCGGAGGACUUCCUUCGUGAUUACACCCAGAUCAACGUGGGCAACCUGGAGCUGAGUGCCAACCACAACAUCCUCCAGAUCGUGGAUGUCUGCAUGGAAAGUGAAAAAGACCACAAGUUGAUCCAACUCAUGGAGGAAAUAAUGGCUGAAAAGGAAAAUAAGACAAUAAUAUUUGUAGAGACAAAGAGACGCUGUGAUGACCUCACUCGAAGGAUGCGCAGAGAUGGUUGGCCAGCUAUGUGUAUCCAUGGAGACAAGAGUCAACCAGAAAGAGAUUGGGUACUUAAUGAGUUCCGUUCUGGGAAGGCUCCCAUCCUCAUCGCCACAGAUGUAGCCUCCCGUGGGCUAGAUGUGGAAGAUGUCAAGUUUGUGAUCAACUAUGACUAUCCAAACAGCUCCGAGGAUUAUGUGCACCGCAUUGGCCGAACAGCCCGUAGCACCAACAAGGGCACUGCCUACACCUUCUUCACCCCGGGAAACCUCAAGCAGGCCAGAGAGUUGAUCAAAGUGCUGGAAGAAGCUAAUCAGGCUAUCAAUCCCAAACUGAUGCAGCUGGUGGACCACAGAGGAGGCGGCGGAGGAGGGGGUAAGGGAGGUCGUUCUCGAUACCGGACCGCUUCUUCAGCCAAUAACCCCAAUCUGAUGUAUCAGGAUGAGUGUGACCGGAGGCUUCGAGGAGUAAAGGAUGGUGGCCGGAGAGACUCUGCAAGUUAUCGGGAUCGUAGUGAAACCGAUAGAGCUGGUUAUGCUAACGGCAGUGGCUAUGGAAGUCCAACUUCUGCCUUUGGAGCACAAGCAGGCCAAUACACCUAUGCUCAAGGCACCUAUGGUGCAGCUGCUUAUGGCACCAGUGGCUAUACAGCCCAGGAAUAUGGCGCUGGCACUUACGGGGCUAGUGGCACCACCUCAGCUGGGAGAAGUUCACAGAGCUCUAGCCAGCAGUUUAGUGGGCUAGGCCGGUCUGGGCAGCAGCCACAGCCACUGAUGUCACAGCAGUUUGCACAGCCUCCUGGAGCUACCAGUAUGAUAGGUUACAUGGGGCAGACUGCCUACCAGUACCCUCCUCCUCCUCCUCCCCCUCCUCCUUCACGUAAAUGAAACCACUCAAGUGGUAGUGACUUGUGCAGACUUACUACAUUGAAAGGAACGCUGUCUUUCCCUUUUUUUCUGUUCCCCUUCUCUUUUUAAACCCCCCCCCCCAACCAUUGUGGUUUGUCUUUUAUGCAGAUUAGUUAGAAUUCACUGCCAGGUUUCUUCUGCCCGCCAAAUUGAUCCAGUCUGUAAUAAUAGUUUUUGUAAAAAAUACAUAUAUAUAGCUGACUGGAAGAGAUCCCCCCCCCAACUUCUUGCAUGUUGAGGAUAUUUGAGCUAUUUUUCAUCUUAAAAGAAAAAGCAAGGUAUUAGGCCCUUUUUAUGGGAGUCCUUUUUGUUGUCCUGAGUUGGGGGUGGGUGGGGAGGGUAAAGGGUUGAAUUCUGCAGAAGAAGAUGGCAUCUGUGCUUCAAAUUGUUCCUAUUACUGAGUUAAAAAACCAAGAGAGAGUUCCCGGCGUGUUUUCCAUAAUCGGUUUUAAUGUCUCCCAAGCUGGAACAGGCUUCCUCAGGCCUGAUGAGUUUUUAAGACAGUGCUUUGCCAUUGUCCUUUUGGCUGAUUGCUUUUUAAGUGCAUUCACAGUUUUGAAAAAUUCCUAAUUGGUUUUGUCUCCCAAUCUGGCCUCCCCCUUCCCAGUGACUAAAAAAUAAUCAUUUUAGUGUCAGGUUAGAAAUUGAAUUGCCAAGUCUGAGUAUUUUAAGUGUAUCUUUUAAAUUAAAAACCCAAGUGUUUAUUGCAAUGGCUAAAAGGAGCAUCUCAGCAUCUGGGUGGAAGCUGCCUAUUUUUCUUCCCCAUAUAAACAGGGACCAUCUGUGAAAUUCAUUUUCAACCAGACAGCUGCUGUUCGCAGAAUGAACAUAAAUGUUCACUGGAAAUUUACUUUAUUAACCAGUUAAGUGCAUUCACCUGCAGUGUAAAAACCACCUUUAAUUAUAAACAGUAUACUCAAUGGGCAAUUUUUUCUUUUUUUUUUUUAACUAUAGAGCUA